GCCGGACUCAGGCGUUCGGCACUUUCCGGCAGAGAGAGUUCGUUUGCGUCCGAAUGGGGAGCAGGGGCCGCCUGCCUGGCAUGUGAGGGGUUAACAAGGUAGUCGAGAACAAUGACUGGGAUGGAGAAGACGUCUGAAAUAAGCGAGUGUCCCGUCCAGCUGAUUACCGUAACUAAGCACGCAAGCCUCGGACUGAGCCUCGGAGGACUUAGCAGCACAGAAGGACCAUUGAUCUACGUUAAGGACAUUAUCCCCGGUGGAGACUGUCACAAGGAUGGGCGUUUGCGACCAGGAGAUCGUCUCGUCUCUGUCAACGCAGAAUCGCUGCUUGGGGUGUCCUGUGAAGAAGCAAAAAGCUUAUUAAACAGAGCGAAAUUACGGAGUGGCGCUACCUGGGAAAUCGCAUUUAUCAGAUCAGACAAGACGCGUCCCGAGCGGAUAUCGCACUCAGAUCAAUCCUCGCGGUCGCGUGAAGCAAUGGACUUCGCACCAACGUCGUCCUCCACUCCUAGCGCCGUGAAAUCAGGCCUGCCGGUCCAGAGGGGACAGGUUAAGGGCCGUCAGAGCCCGGAUGUCUCGGAAGCACCUGUGUCAGCUCUUCACCCGGACCGCCAUCGAGAAAAGUUGGCUUUUUUGAAUCCCGAUGCCAGGAUCAAGGUGGAAAAACUUGAAUCGGCUCUGAACUACCUCGGAAUUUCACCCACAGAAGAGCAGAAACUGGCUAUACGGCAGAGCGUACAGACGGACGCCAACGGAACUGUGUCUUUCGGAGACUUUGUCCAGGUGGCCAGAAACCUGUUCAGCUUGCAGUUAAUGGCAGGAGAUCUUGGCCCCAAUCCCGUUGUGUCGAGAGAAAACGAAUCGUCGGGUUUAUUAAGCUCCGUCGCUAAUCAGGUUCAGUCGUGUAAUCUCUCAGACACGGACGAUGUAGAAAGGUUAAAAAGAGAAAAGGAUAAGGCGUUUGCGGAGAUAAAGAGACUAAAGGACCAGCUCUUUGAAUCAGAGAAACAGAAAAAUCACUUCUCUGAAGAGCUAGAGAAUGUGAAACGGGAAGCCAAAGCUUCGGUGGAGGAGGCCAGAGCCCUACGAAGCAGGAUUCACCUGGCCGAAGUGGCCCAGAGACAGGCACGGGCCAUGGAGAUGGACUUUGAGGAAGUCAUCCGCCUCUUGGAGGCCGAAAUCGCGGAGCUGAGAGCUCAACUGGCAGAUCACUCCGGCCAGAACAAAGACAGCGCGCAGGAUCUGAAGCGGCGAAUCACCGUCCUCGGCUGCCAGCUGCGCAAAUCCGAGCUGGCGAGAAAAACCUUUGAAGUGUCCACAGAAAAGCUGCUCCAGUUUGUUGAGAGUGUCCCUGAAUUACUGGCCGACGAUACGAGCUCCACGUUAAACCUCUGCGAACGGAUUCCUGCGUUUCCAUCUCAGCUGUCGAGGCUGGGCGCAAACAGACGCGGACUGGCGGCAGCCCUCGCAACAGAAGCGAAAGAACUCGCAAGAUCCGUGCGUUCCAUCAUCGAAGCAGACUGCCUCCCGUACGGCUGGGAAGAAGCUUACACAGCAGAUGGAAUCAAGUACUUCAUCAAUCAUGUGACUCAGACAACGUCUUGGACCCAUCCAGUGGCCAGCGCGCUCAGCCUGUUGGCUCCGGAGGACGCGGGCGAAGACCACCACAGAGAAGCCCCGGAUCUGAAAAGCUGUUAGGCGCUUCCUUAUCGAUGUCAUGUGACCGCGCGCCCCCCCCUUUCCAAAUGAUCCACGCUGUUAACUUAUUAGACUUUUAUAUCCAGAGUGCUGUAGAACGGCCCGGGUCUGAUAUAUACACUGCCACUUUACUUCGCUUCUAUGUUUCUUCUAUACAUUGUAGCAUUUAUUGAAUUGUUUAGAGAAAAGUUGUUGGGUUUUUUUUUGUUUUUUUUUCAUGUAUUUUCUACACAGAGGACAGAAAAAAUAUUUUCAUGUUUUACCUUAUUUUAAAGCAUUCCUAUUAAUAUAGAAAAUAAAUGAAUUUAUACCCA